AUGGCCAUCUGCACGCGCAAGGGCUGCCAGCAGGAGUUCGAUCCCGCCGACAACGCCGGCGAUGCGUGCACCUUCCACCCAGGCGCGCCCGUCUUCCACGAGGGCCUCAAGUCCUGGGCCUGCUGCCAGGCCGUGAACAAGCCCGUGCUCGACUUCGAUGAGUUCAUGAAGAUCCCGGGAUGCGCGACGGGCACGCACUCGACCGAGGCGCCUGCAGUCCCCGCGCCGAAGCCGGCGCCGCAGGCGGAUCUGAAGAUGACCUCGUCCUCCCCCGGCGGCGCGGAGACGUACUCCUCGCGCCCCACCCCCGCCCCCGCGACACCCACCCCGCGCGAGACCGCGGUCCCCGCCCCCCCCGCGGCGGCGCCCAAGUUCGUGGAGGAGGAGGACGACCCGACGGCGGCGGUCCCGGAGGGCACCAAGUGCCGGCACAACGGCUGCAAGCUCGUGUACGCCAGCGACGAGCUCCACCGCGCCGACGGCGGCGCCGAGGCCGAGUGCACGUACCAUCCGAAGCCGCCGAUGUUCCACGAGGGCAGCAAGGUGCGUGGCCGCUCCCCCCGCUCGCGCCCGUCGCGUCGCGUCGCGUCCCCGGAGGCGGUCCUCACGCCCCCGCCCCCACCCCGCCUGAUCCGCCGUCCGAAGGGCUACCUGUGCUGCAAACCACGCGUCCUCGAGUUCGACGAGUUCCUCAAGAUCGAGGGGUGCAAGAAGGGCCGGCACGUCUUCGUGCCUAAAGCCCGCGAAGGUGCCGGCGAAGAGGUGUUCACGCAAUGUCGAAUCGACCACUACCAGACGCCCUCGGAAGUGCACGCGUCGGUGUUCGCCAAGAAAGCGAACACGGAGACCAGCACCGUCCAGAUCGAGGAGGACGAGGUGCACAUCGACCUCUACUUGCCCGACAACAAGCGCUUCCGCAAAACCCUGCAGCUGUGGGGACCCGUCGACGUCGAGGCGUCCUCCUUCAAGUUCUUCGGCACGAAGCUGGAACUCAAGCUGCGCAAGAAGGACAACAGGAGCUGGACCCUCCUCGAGAAGACGGACAAGGACCUCGGGAACAUCACCUACACCUUCGGCGUCGGCGGGCGGACGGGCACGAUCGGCGCCAAGGAGCUCGUGCUCGACGACGUCAACAAGGCGCGAGAGUGA